GCCAAUUUGAAAUCUACAUACUAUUAGUGAUCCUAAUUUUAAAGCAGCUAUAACUUUCUUAUUGCUUGUCCGAUUUCUUUUAAAUUUUCACCAUUCUGUUUAAUUUAUUUUUCUCCUUCCCAACACAACAUUUCAUGGCCAAGGCUGGAUUCCCCUUUAACAGACGUGAAAUAUUUCGAGACGAAAUUCUACAUAUAUCCUUUCAUUUUGUGUGGAUGAGACAGUCUUGAUUAGUCAUAACGUAACAUCCUCCGACCGAAUUACCCCUAAAACAAUAACGAACAUGUCAGCUGUUCAGGGACCUCCCCCACAGGGACAAGAUAAAAGCCAAGAAGUUGGAGGGAUGCAAGCUCCACCCCCUUAUACCCAAGCUGUGGAGCCAUCCAGUUACCCCACCAAUCCUGGCUAUCCAACUCAACCUCCACCAGCAUCAGGCUAUCCUGUGCAGCCUCCUGCUGGGGGUUACCAAGCCCAGCCUCCUCCUGCUGUCGGUUACCCAGCCCAGCUCCCUCCUGCUGCCGGCUACCCAGCCCAGCCCCCUCCCAUGACUGUACCGCCCUACACUGGUCAACCACAGGGAGUUGAUCCUAGCAAUGUGGUGAUUGUUAAUCAGCCUGGUGUAUUGGUCCAUCAUCACCUUUUAUUCCGAGAUGUUCCAGUGGCUUGCACAUGUCCGAAUUGCCACAAUCAAGUGACGUCUAACGUCCGUCGGGAGGUUGGAGGACUUACUCUCCUCAUCAUGGGGGCGCUCUGCAUCUUUGGACUGUGGCUUUUCUGUUGCUUGAUUCCACUGUGUAUCGAUGCCUGCAAGGAUGCUGUCCAUACAUGCCCUGUGUGUAACCAUCAGUUAGGCCGCUGGAAUCAGCUUUAGAAGCGAGACCCACGACAACUCCCAGAACAAAGUCAACCAAGUACUAGGUCACUCCCCUCUCCUUUAGGCCCAGGACCAAAAUUCAGUCCCAUUUAGAUUCCCUGCUUUGUCAUCAGAAAGACCCAGAUACAGGACCCCUGUGCAUAGUACCAUCAUAUAGGAAGAUGGAUUGUAAUCUUCAAAAUUUGAUAAUUUUCUUGAUGUCUAUUAUUGUUUUCCUUCUAAAGUAGAUUUCUUUUUUCUUGAUGGCUUUGGGACAUAUGUACUUCAAUAAAAACAUUGACCGUAUAAAGAAAAUUGAUCUGGUUUGCUAAACUGUUAGCAAUUGUACAGAAUGAUCAGAUUUAAUACAGGUACAUGUAUACCAAAUGAAAGUGAAAAAAAAUGUACAGAUCUAUAUUUCUAAAUGCUCUGAUUAGAAUUGAUAUAUUUUACAGCCUCCUAAGUUUUGGUGAAUCCCCUAAAAUUGGUUGUUACUAUUCCAUUUUAUUACAUGAUGUGAAUGCAUACUAUGGUGUGGAUGAUAGAAAAUAUGCAUGUUUUUGUGGAUGUAUUUUGUGAUAUUACAGGAAUGUAAUAUUUAUGAUCUUUGUAUGCAGAUUUCUGGUAGUAAUUUUUUAAAAUUUGUAUUCAAAGUGUCCUUUUAAAGAAAGAAAAAUAAAAAAUGUACCAAAGGAGAAAAUAGCAUAAAAAUUCUCAUUUUCCGUCAGUGGUGGAAAAAAGAAACCAUGGCCACUAAUUAUGUGUAAGAUUAGAGUGUAAAAUAAUGCUUACAAGAGUAUUGACAAAAUAUUAAGAUGGGCUUUGAUAUUUUAUGAUGAGGUAUAUUAGAUCAUAUGUAUCAGAUAUCUUUUCAUUCUAAUGUAGCAUUAUGUUCUGAAGCAUAAUGAACAAGCUUACAAAUUUAUCAAGUCAUUCAAAAGCAUACAUGUAUUCAACUUAACUAAAAUGAGUCUUGUUUUAUGAAAUGAUGGUAACUACUAUAACUCCACUAAAUAUGUAAAAGGGGUUUACAUUUCUAUUUUACAGAGAUGAUGAAGUAAAAGUAUGAUAAUUUAGGACCAGAUAUAUUCUAAGGGUAAAAAUUAAGAUAUCAUACUAUCAUGGGCGGAAAUCUGUCCCCAAAGGUAGGGGGGACCAGGAGCUUGAAACUUUGACAACUCAAAAAAAGGGUAAUUUGAACCAAAAACAAUUUGACAAGCAAAAAAAAAAGGUUUUCACCCAAAAUGUAUGGUCAUUUAGUCCAAAAUGCAUGUAUUAUUUCGAUUGUGAAUGAUUUAUUUUUCUCCAUUUUAACAGACCAAAAAUAGUAGGGGGACAUUUGAUAUUGUGUUCCUACUAUUUUGGGUAGGGGGGACGCGUCCCCCUGGGAUUUCCACCCAUGCAUACUAUUGUUCAAAGUAAGUAUAGUGCAUUAAUAUACCUGGGAUUGGAGUGUUUUAUAAAGAUAUAAGUGAUACUAAGUGACACAAUCAAAUUCCCAGUUGCAUUCAAUAUAAAACGCAUCACCGCAUUGGUCAAAUCAUGCUAAGAGGAUGCACACUAUUAUGUGCAUAUAUCAUCUGUGUUUCAGCAUUCAUGCAUGACUCUUGAUCAAACUUAUCUCUCUGAGAAACACCACACUGGUCAUUAUUCAUUCACAAUUUAGUUUGAAAUUUUCCAUAGAAAUCACUCAAAUCAGUGGAAAAUCUGUUUUUUUAAAUCAGAAUUUUAUAUCAACAAAGGUGGCUUUUGCCUUUUUGAAAAUCCUGUUUCUUCUACAUUACCUGUAUAUUGUUGGAUUGUGUGUGAUCAGGCUUUUACAAUUUCAUAAUAUUCUUAUUAGUAUUAUCACAUACGGUAACUCUUUGUAAUCAUACAUUAGAUAUAUGAUAAAUAUGCAAUAUGGAUUAUGUAUGCAGUAAAACUCUUAAUACUCUAUUUCAAGUGCUUAUAUUCACAUGUAUAUUGGUAUUUGUGUAUUUGGGGAGAUUUUUGUAUUUCAAUAUUCUAUUCCAUUUUCAUUAUGUAGUUUAAUUUUACUGCAAAUAAUUGUUUAGAUAUGGAGGAUUUAAUUUACCCAUUUUUAAAGUACACUAUUGAAUUGCUAAUAUAUGUUUAUUAAUUAUCUUUGUUUCCUUUAGACCCCUCAAUGAUUUUGGGAUAUGUGGAAUAUGGAAUAGAUAUGGCUGCAAGUUUAUUUUUGUGGAGAAAGAAAAUAUUGUAUGCUGGUAAUUUUUAUAAUAUGGAUAUUCAAAUAUUUAUUGUGAUUAUUAUUCAUUAAUUUGAAUAAAGGUAUGUGUACCGUAGAGGUAUAUUAUCCCAUGGUACUUUCAUAUAGAUGUAUACUGUACAAGAUGUGUAUAUCUCAAGUGAUCAUUUAUUUACUUUUGGUUGCAGAAGUUUUCCUACCCCCAUAUGGCAAACUUAGGCAACCAAACAUUUAAAUAUAAGAUAACUCGAGAGAUACACAUAUUGUAGGAUUCAUUAUUUUGAAAUUGGACAAUAGGCCUAUACCAGCUGCACAGAAACAUUGUAAGUGCUAACAGAGGGACUGUUACAUCCAGUAAUGCCGGAGCGAUGCCCAAUAUCACAACAGUGCAUUAAUCACAUCUUGGAUCAAUGUUAUACAUCAAGAUUUGAAAAGGUGUGACCGGGCCUACUGUUAACACUAAAAAGGUUUUUGUACGGCCGAUACUGUUUACAAACCUAUAGAUUCAAAUCUUCAGACAUUUCUUUCUUGGAAACCUACUAAUUGUUUAUAUAUUUUUAACAUUUGUUUUUGAAGCAAUAUUCUUGAAAUCCAGUUACUUGUUGCUAUGUCUGCCAAGCCUGUAGUAUGGUUUGAAAAUAUCUUUGAAAAUGUCUUUGACAAUAGGUUAAUUCUAGGUUAAGUUGUCGACUUGAUCUGCCUUAUGAUAAGAACAAGAGCUGAAAAUUUUGUGAAAGAAAUAUCUUUGAAAGAGGCUUUACUUUCAGCUGAAGAAAGUUUUAAUAUAAUUGUACUUAGAUAUCAAUACAAUUUCACCAGUGCUUUCUUAGUUCGGAGUCACUUUAUUGUCUGUCAUAUAUACAUAUAUAUUCAUAUUAAAGGAAGACACCUUAAUACUCAA